AAAAAAAAUAAUACUUGGACGGAGAGAAGGUUUGUGUUUGAAGCGGUGAUGAGGGGAUUGGUUAGAAUAUUGAAGCAAGGUCUGUCUUCUUCGUGUCAACAGAGACGACUAGGUUUUUGCGAAGCGAAAAAUGUCGGUUUUAUCUUUUCGUCUUCCAAAGCGCUGUCGUAUUUGUCCAAUUCAGCUGCUUCGCAAGACUCUUCACUUUUGAAGCCUUUCCCUCUUUCGACUUUACCAUACGGAAAUUGGAACCGUUUUCAAGGGCAGAGAAGGACAAUGUUUAUACAAACACAGUCAACGCCGAAUCCUUCAUCUCUCAUGUUCUACCCAGGGAAGCCUGUUAUGGAGGUUGGAAGUGCUGAUUUUGCAAAUGCACGGGCAGCUAUGAAUUCUCCUUUGGCAAAAGCACUUUAUGGGAUUGAUGGUAUUACUCGAGUGUUUUUUGGUUCAGAUUUUGUCACAGCAACAAAAUCAGACAAUGCUUCUUGGGAUUUUCUUAAGCCUGAAAUUUUUGCUGCAAUCAUGGACUUCUAUUCUUCUGGGCAGCCAUUGUUUCUAGACUCAGAAACUGCUGCAGCCAAGGACACUGCUAUUCAUGAAGAUGACUCAGAAACUGUUGCAAUGAUCAAAGAAUUGCUAGAGACACGUAUUAGGCCGGCAGUGCAAGAUGAUGGUGGAGACAUUGUAUACUGUGGAUAUGAUACAGAAACAGGAAUUGUCAAAUUGAAAAUGCAAGGAGCAUGUAGUGGCUGCCCGAGUUCAUCUGUCACAUUGAAAUCUGGCAUAGAAAAUAUGCUGAUGCAUUAUGUACCAGAGGUCAAAGGUGUAGAGCAAGAAUUAGAUACUGAAGUUGAAGAUGCAGCACUAACCGGUCGGAUGGAGUAGUCAAGCCAUUUAAAUUUUGUUUCCUGUAUAGCAUUUCUGAUUAACAGCUGGAUGGAUAAGGUCUCUUAUCUGCCUUCCUAUACAUGAGCAAAUAAAGGUUGUGGGCUAAUAUUUACGAGUGCAGGUAUUCUGUGUUGUCUGCGCUGCUAAUUGCAAUGGAUAGGGAAUUAGUGCUGUAUGAUUUUCAUCUCUUGUGAAAAAAAUGUCUGAUUUUUCUGUGAUUACUUUGUAUCUUUUUGGGGCACAUAGCUACCAAAAUUUUGGAUCUAAAUUGUUCUCACAUUAUGCAUAUUACAUAGAUGAAUGAAAUAAUUUGAUGGAUUGGUAGUUGCAACUACUUGAUCUGUUGGACUCACCUUAAACUUGGUGCCAA